GCUCUCCGUGCCCAUAGGUGGUCAGUCUAUGUUUGCACAUGUCGCCCGGACAGUAAACAAAUGUCGUGAAGUUUACCAUUUUUGUGCGGUUUCUAUUCGUUAUACGCCGUAUUUUUGCGUAACAUGGUUUCCUGCGCGAUUCGUCACUGUCGCAAUACACCAUACCUUAGAAAAAUCGACCCAACAAAGAGGCACUUGCGAUUUUUUCUAAUUCCAAAGUCAAAGUCGACAUGCGAAUUGACAGCCAAACGGUUCAAGAAACGCCAAGAUUUGUGGCUCCAAGCCAUAAACCGCCCCGAAAUCACCGCUGAAAUGAUUCAAAAAGGAAAAUGUUACGUAUGCAGUGACCAUUUUAUAUCAGGCUCGCCGUCAAAUAAGUACUUAGAGGAUAGCGAAGACUGGAUCCCAACAAAGAACCUGCACACUACUCCUGAGCCAGUUCAGGCAGCUGAUGAGAAUGGAAGCAAUGCUAAUGACGUUCAAAAUGAUGAGCAGGAAAGCACCUUCAUGGAUUCUUCGUCUUCCAUGCUAAAUUCGUCUGGUUUUCAUCCAUUGGAAGAAUCUCUUACUGACAUGUAUGAUACCUGUCAUGAAAAUGUUAGUGUGGAAUUCCAAACGCCUACUUCUUCAACUCAAAAGAAAACCCCUACUUCUGCCACGCAAAGAUUGCAGGAUCGUUUGACUGACUGUGAGGUUGACACCUGUCAUGAAAAUGUUAGUGUGGAAUUCCAAAGGCCUACUUCUUCAACUCAAAAGGAAACCCCUACUUCUGCCACGCAAAGAUUGCAAGAUCGUUUGACUGACUGUGAGGUUGACAUACAGGAGCUACUAGCUAAAAAUGAAAAACUGGAGAAGGAAAAUGAGGACCUCAAGGAGGAGCUUGCAGCAUUGAAGGAGAGACUCUAUGAAGAGAUAAUGAAACGGCGGAAAAUUGAGAGGGAGUCCUCUGUCAAGAUGUCUAAACUCGCUCGACAGAUUACAACAAAGUGAACGUCCACCCUGAAGACCAUUUUGCAGAAGCGGACUUCCCUCAUCCUCUGAACCCCUCAUUUAUCUCAUAUAUUUUGUUUUAACUAUUGCUUCUGGAAAGCUUUUACAAAAAUUUAAUUAAAAUAUUGCAAAAAUUUGACGAAAUUUA